AGCCUGCGCGCAGUGUUGUCCGAUCCGUGGAGGGAUUAAAUACACAACAGCGGGACAAUGUUUUCCAGGAGCCUGAACGUGUGUGUGAGCCUGUGUUUGUGGAUUACGGCGCUAACGAGCCCGGGAAGUGUGUCUGCGAGGAAGCAGGACGACUCUUUCUUCACUGCCAGUAUUUAUCGAGCAAGAUGCGCCUCGAGAUGCCUCAGUCUGCACAUCACUCGCAUCUCUGCGUUUUUCAAGCACUCUCAGAAUAAUGGAUCCUUGGUGUGGUGCCAGAAUCACAAGCAGUGCGCCAAGUGCCUGGAGCCCUGCAAGGAAUCCUGGGACCUGAAGGAAAACCAGUGCCAAGAUUUAUGCGAGCCCCUCUUUCCCAAGAAACACUAUGAGUGUCUCACUAGCUGCGAAUUCCUAAAGUCUAUAGAAGGAGUGAAGCAGGGUGACUGCCCUGCCCCCGAGAAGGCCAGCGGCUUCGCAGCCGCCUGUGUGGAGAGCUGUGAGGAGGAUGGAGAGUGUUCAGCUGUCAAAAAGUGCUGCUCCAAUGGCUGCGGCCACACCUGCCAGCUGCCAAAGAAUCUCUACAAAGGAGUCCCUCUGAAGCCAAGGAAAGAGCUGGUGUUCUUGGAACAGCCCUCUGGUCAGCUGGAGAUCCGCUGGUCCUCCAAGUUCAACAUAUCCGUGGAGCCUGUCCUCUAUGUGGUGCAGCGCCGCUGGAACUAUGGUAUUCAUCCCAGCGAGGAUGAUGCCACAGAGUGGCAGACAGUCGCACAGACUGCAGAGGAGCGCAUCCAACUGGCUGACAUCAGAGCUAGCAGAUGGUACCAGUUCAGAGUUGCAGCAGUCAAUGUCCACGGGACCCGCGGCUUCACUGCACCCAGCAAACACUUCCGCUCCUCCAGAGAUCCAUCUGCCCCUCCCAGUCCAACCAAUCUGAGUGUCACCAACGUGACGCUGGGUGAGGAAGGCCUGGUGACAGCUCGUCUCAACUGGACGUUGCCAGAGGAGCCCGAUAUCCCCAUACAUCACUACAAAGUGUUCUGGAGCUGGACCGUGCCCACCAAGUCCACGGUGCCAUCCAAGAAGAAAAGGAGAAAGACCACCAAUGGGGCUCAGAGCUGGGUAGAUCUGGACGGACUGGAACAAAACAGCAGUUACACUGUGGAGCUGCAGGCUGUCACAUACUGGGGGCAGGUGCGUCUGAAGAGCUCUAAGGCCUCCCUUCACUUCAGUACCACUCAGAAUAAUGAAUCAGCAAAAGCGGUGCUCAAGUCAAAGAAGGAGGAGAUAUCCCCUCUUGGUUCAACCCUGGCCAAACGCCCUUCUGGCCCUCUAGAGGUAGGCACGCCCUUCUACCAGGACGGCCAGCUGCAGGUCCGUGUCUACUGGAAGAAGAGAGGAGAUCCCACUGUGAGUCGCUACCAUGUGCAGUGGAUGCCAGAGUACUGCAGCCACAAUGAGACCCAAGGACCACAGAAAUCUGUCACGCAGGAGAACUACAUCAACCUCCCAGGCCUGCUGUUCUCCUGCAAGUACAAAGUCACCGUUCACAUGCUGAAGUCCAAGAGGCGCUCGAAGGACGAGAGCACCACUUUCCUCACCCCAUCCUGCGCUACCAUCCGGAGCAAGACUCACAAACACAUCCCCUGCCCAGGAGAGGGAGCUUCAGGGCUGCCGAAGGUUUUGGCUAAACCAGAGAACCUCACGGCUUUCUUCUCGAUCAGUGAGGGAAACAUAACCGGCAACUUCCACUGGCGUGUGUCGAGGGUGGCUCCACAUCAGCGAAUCACGGGCUUCCAGGUCACCUGGGCUGAGAUCACCACCGAAAGCCGACAAAACAGCCUGCCCAACAGCAUCAUCUCCCAGUCCCAGAUCCUGCCUCCAGAUCAUAACUUGCUUGUGGUGUCCAACCUGCGGCCAUCCACCUACUACAGGCUGGAGGUGCAGGUUAUAACAACCGGAGGAGAAGGUCCUGCCACUGUCAAGACCUUCCAGACCCCGAACAUAUUACCUGUCGUACAACAUCGACCAAGGCUGCGGCAGCACCACUCUCAUCACCAGAAGCCGUCGGUAGAGAGACACUGAGUUUGAAGUUCAGGCAAACCCAGUAGGAAGACGUACCAGUGGCUCUAUGCUCCUGUCUGUCAAGGAAGGAAUGUGUGGAACCGAACAAGAACACAGCACACCAGACCAUGAACUGACCCCCCACCCUCCACCCCCUGCUUGUGAAAUAUGGGUCUAUCUCCUCCAGGCUCCACAACAUGUCUGCUAUUCCUUCAUAACCCCUCUCUCUCGACUUACAAGUCACUGGACGGGUUUAUAUGUAGAGUAAAAUUUAUAUUUCGAGGUCUCAUAUUCUGCGUUGGCUAGUACACAGCUCCCCAACUUAUCCCAUAAUGAGUUCAUGUAAUAAGUAAAUAAGAUCCAGGAACCCCAGAAUUGGUGAUGCAGCUGUCAUUGACAUUGAUUUAGAUUUGGCUGUUAUGUGGCAGAAAUAAAUAAACUAAUUUGGGAUCAAUGUUUGAAGAUGAAUUGCAUUUCGACAGGAAAUGCAAGACCUGCAAAACAAUUAAUGAAGAAAGAAAAGUAGAAAUUAAAGUAUUUAUUUUGUGUUACCAGUGAAAAGAGGCUCUUAGGCAUACAGUCAGCACUGAUGGUUAAUGUAACUAAAGUCAUCGUCGUCUAACCCAGAGUAUUUUGCGUAGUAUGUUGCAUGUAGUACAUUUGAUUUUAGAACUGUAAAUGAAUUACUUGCUUCAAAUUGAAAGCCUGUAAUGGUUUUGCAUGACAGCUGUUAGCAUUCUGUUGGCAUGAAAUGUCCGUGUUACCUCUUUUCAAUAUGUUAGCAAUAUUUCAUUAACAGAUUAACAAAGAAUUAUAUUGGAGGUCAUAUGUAAUGUUUUAUUAAUGAAAUUAUAACUUGCGUGGAAAUGAUGAAUUGUACAUGUUCUUGGCUGUAGAAAUAUUUGUUGUGACAGUCAGUGAAUGUCUAUAUUUAUUUAUGUGUGUAUUACAAAGUUUGGUUUGGAUGUGUGUGAAUGUGUAUGUUUUGUGUGUUUUAGCCUCUAUUUUUUUUUUUUUUUUUUUUUUUUUUGGAACCGGCAAAAAAAGAAAAAUCUUGUAAAGACAUUUUGUAAAAAUGGAAAUGUAAAUAGGGUCUUAUGUUACAUGUUAUUUUUCCAUAGUAGAAACUGUACAAACUGCUAAGUAAUAAAAUAAUCCUUAACCUGU